GUCAUGCGGACGGACCAAGGAGUUGCCAUCCGCGGGGCUGCAAGAAUAACAACCUCCGGGGGGAAAAGAUGCACGAAGAUGAGGACGGCAGCGGGGAGAGCUCCUGCGCAGCGUCGCGGCUGACCUCCGUCAAGUCUCUGGAUGUGGCCGACGCGGAGGGAGCGAAGGAGCAGGCCUCCAAGCUGUGCGGCUACUUGAACAAACUCUCCGGCAAGGGGCCUCUCAGGGGCUACAAGCUGCGCUGGUUCGUGUACGACCAGAGGAAAUGUUACUUGUAUUACUUCAAGACGCCCCAAGAUGCCCUGCCUCUCGGACACAUCGAUAUAGGCGAUGCGUGCUUCAUGUACGACGUGGAGGGGGAAGAGGGCCAGUUCGAGGUCCGCACAGCUGGGAAGGAGUUUCUCUUAAAGGCCCCCAGCAGGCAGGUGAUGCACUACUGGCUGCAGGAGUUGCAGCAGAAGCGCUGGGAGUACAGCAACACCAGAGGCAGCGUGAAAAGGGACAGCUGGAGUUCUCCCACGCUGGCCUACCCUCCCACCGGCCUCGUGGGCAAGGAGCACGAUGCCUUCUUCACUGAGAAGCUGAGCGAAAGCAUGGAGAAGGUGCGCAGCGACUUCGCCAUGGACGCAGAAACAGACGCAGGAGGAAUGGUGGGAAUCCAGUCAGCCAGAGGGCCCUUCUCCAUCAAAAACCUCGGCACAGAGCUCAGGUUGUUGUCCUGCUGGAAGAUCAACCCUUACCCCAAGCCUUUUGCAGCCUCUAACAGGAACUCCAUGUCUAACCUGAGGCCGGGCCGAGCAGAGAACAGACGCAGCGUGUUUUACGCCACCGCCGCCGCCAACAACAACAGCAGCUCAGAGGAGUGGGAGAUGGUGGACCCUCCCCCCAGAGACCUCCCCGAGCAGAAACACCCUCUAGACACGCACAGACAUUCCUUCGGGUCGGCGUUCACAUUCGACUUUGUGCGGAACCGCCAGCGGCCCCAGAGGCCCUUGCUGCGAGACGCGCGGGGGCCCGGGAAGCUCGGCCGCGGCGUGGAGGGACGCGGCUCCGAGAGUCCGACGGGGGAAUGCAACGGCAGCAAACCGUUGGACGUGCAGCUCCGCCUCCAGAACCAGCAGGAUGAGCUGAACCAGAUGCAGCAGGAGCAAAACAAGCUCCGGGAGGAGCUGGCCGGCCAGAAGGAGCUGGUGAGACUCCUGCAGCAGACUCUCAGGAGCUCCCAGUGCGAGAGGCCCACCGUGUGCCGAGCAGCUCCGGAUCCAUCGGCCGCCGCGGACCAGCCCCCGAGUCCAGCGGUGACCCAGGAGGAUGUGGCCCAGCUGGAGGCGCUGCUUCAGGAGCGAGACGGACAGAUCCAGGCCCUGUGUGGACACAUGGAGCGUCUCUCGCUGGAGAAGGACAGCCUGCAGCUGGAGCUGAAGAGCCUGAAAGUCAAGGUGGGGGAAAUCAAUGACCAGCUGGGGAUGCUGAUGGAGACCAUCCAGGCCAAAGAUCAAGUCAUCGUGAAGCUGUCGCAGGAGAACUCGGAGCAGAGCGGGAAUCUGAGUGACGCUGGUUCUCCGCCGCCUCCCCAGGAGCUGAACGUUCUUAAGGACAGCCUUCAAGGCUACAAAUCCCAGAACAAGUUCUUGAACAAAGAGAUCCUGGAGUUGACAGUCCUGCGCAGGAAUGCAGAGACUCGGGAAAAAGCUUUAGAAGCAAAGUGUACGGCGCUGGAGGCCAAGCUCUGUCAGGUGGAGAGCAAAUAUCUGGUGCUGCUUCAGGAGGUGAGGACUCCAGUCUGCUCGCUGGAGCAGAAUCCGCUCAUUUCCAGGUUACUGGAGGACGCGCUGCAGGCGGAAAGCCCGGAUCAGAGCGAACACCAAAUCUUCAAACCAAAUACAGUCAGCGAGUACGACGCGUACGGCUUCAAGACGGUCCCCGAGGAGGAGGAAGAGGAGGAGAGGCUGGUGGCCAAGGUGAGGGCCCUGGAGCUGAAGUCCCUGUCGAUGACCGACCAGGAGGUAUCCGUCGGGGUGAAGUGGGAGAACUUCCUGGCCGGCACCAUGAACAGAGACCUGGCGCGUUCCCCCGAGCUCAAGGCGCUGAUCCGCUGCGGCGUGCCCCACGAGCACCGCUCCCUGGUGUGGCGCUGGUGCGCCAGCUUCCACGUCAAGAAGUUCCGGGACCACCUGGCCCCGGACUAUUACGAGACUCUGCUGAACGUGGCGCGGGACCGGCCCAACCCGGCGUCCAAGCAGAUCGAGCUAGACUUGCUGCGCACGCUGCCCAACAACAAGCACUACGCCUCCCCGAGCGCCGCCGGCAUCCACAAGCUCAGGAACGUGCUGGUGGCGUUCUCCUGGAGGAAUCCAGACAUCGGCUACUGUCAGGGUCUGAACAGGCUAGCAGCAAUCGCCUUGCUCUAUUUAGACCAAGAAGAUGCCUUUUGGACCCUUGUAGCCAUCGUGGAGGUCUUCAUGCCAAGAGACUAUUACACAAAGACUCUGCUUGGCUCUCAGGUCGACCAGCGUGUGUUCAAGGACCUGAUGAGUGAGAAGCUGCCGCGCCUUCACGCCCACUUCGAGCAGCACAAGGUGGACUUCUCCCUCAUCACCUUCAACUGGUUCCUGGUGGUGUUUGUGGACAGCGUGGUGAGCGACAUCCUGUUCAAGAUCUGGGACGCCUUUCUGUUCGAAGGGCCCAAGAUCAUAUUUCGAUUCGCUCUGGCUCUCUUUAAGUACAAAGAAGAAGAGUUUUUGAAGUUGCAAGACUCGACGGCCAUCUUCAAAUACCUUCGAUACUUCACACGCACAAUCCUGGACUCAAGGAAGCUGAUGAACAUUGCUUUUGUCGACAUGAACCCGUUCCCCAUGAGGCAAAUCCAGAACCGCCGCUCUUUCCACCUGGAGAAGGUUCGCCUGGAGCUGACGGAGCUGGAGGCCAUCAGACAGACGUUCAUCCAGAAGAGGGAGACGAGUCUGGACCGACGGAGCUUCGCCAGCGACGACGAGGAGGAUAACUGAGCUUCUUUAUUUCCAGGCUGCGCCGCUUUAAACAAUAAAGACAAACGCAGGUUCUCCGCAGAGCGGCGGCCCUUUGCGGCUGCCGAAAAGGGCUUUAUUCCCCAGUCGGUUCCCGCAUUAAAGAGAGAAAGAUAAACUGAGUCCAGUCGCAUCAGAGGUACAAACGCAUUAUAUCAGUGUUCUGGACAAUUUUCUGUUCAAUUUGUAUUUGUUUUGCUGCUCCUUUUCAUGUUGUUCAUAGCCAGCAGUUCACUUUUCUUUGUUGCCAACACAUGUAGUCCGAAACAGUAUUUUCCAACAUUUUUAUACCUUUUGAAGGAAUUACUAUCUUUAUUUUAUUUUUUUGCUCACAUCUAUAAAAAAA